AUGUCAAAAUGUGAGUUUGGGAUGGAAGAAAUUUUGUAUCUUGGUCAUAAGAUCAGCACCCAUGGAGUUAAGGUGGAUGAAGAAAAAAUUGAAGCCAUCAAAAAUUGGCCAAGGCCCCGAACCCUCACUCAUCUCAGAGGUUUCCUAGGUUUAUGCAGUUACUAUAGAAGAUUUGUUAAAGGAUUUUCAAAGCUAACUUCUCCCUUAACCAAUUUAACUAAGAAGGGAGCAUUCUUAUGGUCAGAUGAAGCCCAAUCUGCAUUUGAAAAACUUAAAGAGGUAAUGAGCUCUUGCCCCGUUCUAGCAAUUCCUGACUUUUCAGCACUGUUUGAGCUUUAUUGUGAUGCCUCAGGAGAAGGCAUUGGAGCUGUCUUAAUGCAAAAGAAACAUCCCAUAGCCUUUGAAAGCAGGAAACUUAGAGACACAGAAAGAACCUAUUCAGUUUAUGAUAAAGAAAUGCUAGCUAUUAUGCAUGCAUUAGAGAAGUUCUGA